AUGAGUAAUCUUAUUCUAUUCUAUAACCCAUUACCCGACCCGACCUGUUUAGGACACUCAUGUAUGUAUACAUUUUUCUACCGAUGUGACAGUGGUUUUGGUGUCUUGGGACUUCCUGUGGAUCAUAUUCAACAUUUCAGCUUGUUACCAGGCAGGACAAACAUACAGAUGAAAGUAGAAAUCCCUCAAGAUAUAGAGCUUGUGGAGCCGCUAGAUGAAGCUUGUAUAUGGCGCCAAACAAGAGGCACCGCCACUGAAACUUUAGGACCCGAGAACAAAGCUGAAUCCACAGAGAAGCAACAUCACUGGUCAGAUCACCUUUUAUAG